AUGGCCCACAGGCAUUCGGAUGGCUCUCUGGAGGAGAAAAUUCUGGAGCAGCGUUUCCACUCGGAGCUGCGCCUCGACGCCAAUGGGGACCCCGUGUUUGCGCUCCCCGUGGUCCGCAGCUCCCUGCACUCCAGGACCAAUGCGGCCUUCCAGCCCGACGUCCUGGCACCCCCGGGCGGGCAGGAGGAGCCGCCGCCCGUGGUCCUGAGCACGCAGAGCCCCGCGGCACUCAAGAUGGGCACACAGCAACUGAUUCCACGCAGCCUGGCCAUGACCAGCAAGGCCAAGUCCCCCGCCCGGCACCAGAGCUUCGGGGCGGCCGUGCUCAGCAAGGAGGCCGCCCGGCGGGAGCCCCGGCUCCAGGCUGCCCCCAGCUUCUCCCAGGAUGACAUGGACAUGGGCCCCGGGGGGCUGCUCAGGCGGAACCUGAGGAACCAGUCGUACCGUGCGGCCAUGAUGGACCUGGCCACCCCGGGCAGCAAGGGGAACCCCACCCAGCUCAGCCCCAAGCUCCAGGCCCUGGCUGAGGAGCCCAGCCAGCCGCCCACCCGCUGCCCGGCCAAGAACAAGAGGACGCUGGGGCGGAAACGUGUGACCAAGGGCUCCUUCAAGGAUGACCCCCGCUUCUACCAGGAGAUCCGGGAGCGGGGCCUCAACACGAGCCAGGAGUCGGACGAGGACCUGCUGGAGGGGCCCCCCAGCCCGGAGGAGGCCCGCAGGGGGGACAACAUUGUGGUUAAGAGCUACCGGCCCGCCCAGCUCACCUGGAGCCAGCUCCCGGAGGUAGUGGAGCUGGGAAUCCUGGACAAGCUGAGCCCUGAGGAACGCAAGAGGCAGGAGGCCAUCUUUGAGAUCCUCACCUCCGAGUUCUCGUACCUGCACAGCCUCGGCAUCUUGGUGGCCGAGUUCCUGCACUCGUCGGAGCUGCGGGCCACCAUGACACACACAGACCAUCACCACCUCUUCUCCAACAUCCAGGACGUGCUGGCGGCCAGCCGCAGGUUCUUCGAGGACCUGGAGCGGCGACACAAGGAGCAGGUGUGGGUGGAAGACAUCAGCGACAUCCUGGAGGAGCACGCCGAGCACCACUUCCACCCCUACGUGGCCUACUGCACCAAUGAGGUCUACCAGCAGCGGGCACUGCAGCGGCUCACAAGCAGCAAUGCCGCCUUCCGCGAGGUCCUGCAGGCGAUCGAGCGGCGGCCGGCGUGCGGGGGCCUGCCCAUGAUCUCCUUCCUCAUCCUCCCCAUGCAGAGGGUGACCCGGCUGCCGCUCCUGACGGACACGCUCUGCCUCAAGACAGAGGGCCACCCGGAGAGGUACAAGGCGGCCAGCCGGGCCCUGAAAGCCAUCAGCAAGCUGGUGAAGCAGUGCAACGAGGGGGCACACUCAAUGGAGCGCAUGGAGCAGCUGUGUAUGCUGCAAUCGCAGCUCGACUUCGGCAAGGUCAAGUCCCUGCCACUCAUCUCGAGCUCACGCUGGCUGCUGAAGCGAGGAGAGCUCUGGGUGGUGGAGGAGGCUGGGCUCCUGAGGAAGCUCGCCAGCCGGCCCUCACUCCACCUGUUCGUCUUCAAUGAUGUCCUGCUGGUCACCAAGAGGAAGAGCGAGGAGAGCUACGCAGUCCAGGACCAUGCCCACAUGGAGCACGUGCAGGUCACCAGGCUGGAGCCCUCGGAGGCCUCACUGCCCGGCGGUGGCCGCGGCUCCUCGGUGCCUCACCCCUUCCAGCUGCUGCUGCUGCAGAACAGCGAGGGCCGCCAGGAGCAGCUGCUGCUGUCCGCUGACUCCGCGAGUGACCGGGCACGGUGGAUCACAGCGCUCACCUACAAGGAGAGGCAGUGGCACAGUUCCAGCAACAAAGGAGAGCUGCCGCAGGCGGAGAUCACCAAAGCGUACUUCGCCAAGCAGACGGACGAGGUGACGCUGCAGCAGGCGGAUGUGGUGUUAGUUCUGCAGGAGGAGGAUGGCUGGCUCUAUGGCGAGAGACUCCGGGACGGCGAGACCGGCUGGUUCCCCGAGGAAUUUGCCCACAGAAUCACCAGCCGCGUGGCCGUGGAGAGCAACGUGCGUCGGAUGGAGCGGCUACGGGUGGAGACGGAUGUAUAG